AUGUUCCGAAGGAAGGCCUCGGCGGUGGUGCGGCGCACGGUGCUGGAGGUGGUCGGCAAGGCGCACGAGACGGACGAGUCGCUCACGCAGAUCCUGCACUCCUUCCGCGACGCUGCUGAGCCCUUCUCCGACCUGGACGAGACAAUUGAGAGCAGCACACCGAAGGGCCCUCGUGUGGCGGCGGCGGCUCCAGUGUCGUCCCCCGCCAUCCUUACCUCCAGGAGCUUCUCCGCGUCGCUGACGUGCCCCAAGAAGUUCCACCUGCUGCAAAACCGACAGGACUUGAUCCCACACAUUUCUAUCGGCGACGCGGUGUAUCUUGACGACGCGGCCGCCUUCAAUGAACUCGCGCGGCGGUGGGACCGCCUGCAGUUCGGUAGUCGGGCAGUCGUUGUGCAGGAGCGCGACUUUGACCAGGCGGUGCAGCGGACANAAUGA